AUGCCGUCACCGGGGCCGAGGAGGAGACCACUCCAGUGCCUGGUGAUCCUCAUGGGCUUCUGGGCGCUGCAGAUGUGGGCUUCCUCCCUCUGCUGCAGGGCGGUGGCAAUUAGGGUAAUCCCAGCAAGCCCGGCGGCACAGGAGCACUCCGACGAGACGGAGUACCCCGACAGUUGGCCGCCGCCAGCCGGUCACAAUCCCCCCACUUCCACCAUGAUGCAGGUCUUCCAACAGGGAUCACGGUCGCGAUUGUCGCCGCCGCAGGAGUUUCUCAAUAGCAUGAGGAGGGUUCCCAGCUGCCCCGAUCCCCUCCAUAACCGGUAA